GGGAGCAGCACCAAUGCGCAUUGUCCGAAUGAAGGAUGUAAGAGCUGUGGGUCCAAUCGGACUGGAUUAUGGGAUUAUCGGACUGAUUACAGGACAAUCACCGGGCAAAAGUCGCAGCCGCGCCACAGAUGCUCUUGACUGACGGGGAUACAAAAGGUUUCGCCGGAGAAAAAGCUGUGUGUCCUGCUUUCUUCCACUUUAUGGCUUCUGCUCCGCAGUCGGCGCCGACAUGUGCAACAGUGUGCCGCACGGAAAGUGAACGCUUUUUGCGAGAGGAAAGCGGCGCCGAUGCUGCAUUUUCAACGGCGAUCUGCUGUAGGUGUAGAUGUCGCAUGAGAGGGCAAUGCGCUUUUGUGCACGAGCUUCAGCCUAACCUUCAGCGCACAGAUUCAAACGUUUUCACCUUGAUGCAUGCAGUAGGGGGAGAUUAAUACUUUAUAAUCAUCGAUUAUUUAUUAAGAAACACCCCCUCACCACCACCCCCAGGAGGGGAAACAAAGCCUUUCUGCAGCACUAUGUUGAAUUUUAUCUUUAAUUCAUGCAAUAGGUGUCGCCAGGCGGUCAUCAUUGUUUACAGAGUUCAUCACAGCUGAAAGGGAUGUGAAAACGGUUUGCAAAUCGAUUUAAUUCACCAUUAGAGGGAGAUCAGGUUCUAGGUUCUCAGUAAUCAACAGGUUGAAAGUCAAAGAGGAUUUUUUUUUUUCCCCCCUCUGUCUGCCUCUAGCGCAUAUAUUCAGUUGAAGGAUGAUGCGUCUCUCUGUGCCCAUCUUCCUUCUCUUGUGGGUUAAAGCCCUGACAUUGAAAAGCCUUAAUUAUUCCGUUCCAGAGGAGCAAGGACCCGGAACUGUUAUCGGUAAUAUUGCAAAAGAUGCCGGUUAUGGGACCUUGGAGAGAGGAAAAAAAACCAACUUCAGAGUGUUGGAGAAUUCUGCACCACAUCUGGUGGAUGUUGAUCCUGAGAGUGGACUAAUCUUCACCAAACAAAGGAUUGACAGGGAAACGUUAUGCAGACGCAACCCAAAGUGCCAGCUCUCCAUGGAGGUGUUCGCAAAUGACAAGGAAAUAUGUAUGAUCAAGAUUGACAUCCAGGACAUCAAUGACAACUCGCCCAGUUUCCCCUCAGAUCAUCUUAAUAUUGACAUUUCGGAAAAUGCAGCCGCCGGGACUCGUUUCCCUCUGACGAUUGCACAUGACUCCGAUUCUGGGGAAAAUGGGAUAAAAACCUACCAGGUUACACGAGAUGACUACAAUACCUUCUCUCUGGAUUUAAAAGUCAGGGGUGACGGAACUAUAUACCCAGAGCUGGUGGUUCAAAGACCUUUGGACAGGGAGGAUCAGAGUCAUCACACCCUUCUCUUGACGGCAAUUGACGGAGGGGAGUAUCCAAGAUCGGGCUCCAUGCAGAUCAAUGUCAGAGUGACAGAUUCGAAUGACAACAGCCCUGUUUUUGAAAAAUCUUCUUAUCUAUUAGAGAUGCCGGAAAACUCACCACCUGGAAAAGUGCUCAUAGAUUUGAAUGCCACUGACCAAGAUGAAGGAAGCAACGGACAGGUGAUCUAUUCAUUCACUGGGUAUGCAUCAGAGAGAAUCCAAGAUUUGUUUUCCAUUGACCCCAACACUGGUGUCAUCAAGGUUCAGGGAGAGAUCGACUUUGAAGAGAAUCCAAUCAUAGAGUUUGACGUGCAGGCUAAGGAUCUAGGGCCCAACCCAAUACCAGGCCACUGUAAAAUUACUGUCAAAGUGAUUGACAAAAAUGACAACUCACCAGUAAUAAGUUUUGUGUCAGUCCGGCAGGGAGCCAUCAGUGAGGCAGCACCCCCUGAAUCUGUCAUAGCGCUGGUCAGAGUGACGGAUAAAGAUUCUGGCAGAAACGGUCAACUUCAAUGCAGGGUGUUGGGAAAUGUACCUUUCAGACUGCAGGAAAACAACGACAAUUUCUACACGUUGCUCACUGACAGACCGCUAGACAGAGAGAUGAAAGAUGAAUAUAACGUAACAAUAGUGGCUCGAGACAAUGGGAUUCCAUCUUUGAACUACACUAGAUCGUUUACUGUGAAAAUCCUGGAUGAAAAUGACAAUGCACCUCGCUUUACAAAGACAGUCUACGUGCUGCAGGUUCCCGAGAACAACAUCCCAGGGGAGUACUUAGGCUCUGUUCUGGCUCAUGACCCAGAUGUAGGUCGAAAUGGAACAGUGUCGUACUCCAUUCUGCCGUCACACAUCGGAGACGUCUCAGUGUAUACUUAUGUGUCCGUUAAUCCCACCAAUGGUGCCAUUUACGCCUCACGCUCUUUUAAUUAUGAGCAAACGAAAUCCUUUGAGUUCAAAGUUCAAGCUAAAGAUGGCGGAUCACCUCAUAUGGAAAGCACUUCAACGGUCAGGGUCAACAUCCUGGACGUUAACGACAAUCUUCCAGUUAUCAUUUUGCCACUCCUGCAGAAUGAUACAGCUGAAAUUCCAGUGCCUAGAAAUGCAGGCAUAGGGUACAUCGUGGCUACAGUAAAAGCGGUGGACCACGACCACGGGGAGAGCGGCCAUUUGACAUACGAGAUCACAGAAGGCAACGAGGAUCACCUGUUUGAGAUGGAUCCAGUGGGCGGGGAGGUCAGAACUGCCCACGCGCUUUGGGAAGAGGUGUCCCCUGUGGUCGAGCUUGUGGUGAAGGUAACCGACCAUGGCAAGCCGCCGCUGUCAGCUGUGGCUAAACUGAUCAUUAAAGCCAACACGGAAGCGACGGCAGGUGGUGGAUCCAACACAAGUGGUGAGCAACAGUCCUGGGAUGUAUCCCUUCCCCUCAUAGUUACCCUGUGCAUUAUCUCUGUCAUGCUCUUAGCAGUCAUGACCGCCAUCGCUGUCAAGUCCAAGCAUCAAGAUAAAGACACUGGGAAUUAUAACUGCCGCAUGGCUGAGUACGCCAAUCCUCCAGUGGGGAAGGGCAAAAAGAAAAGGAUCAACAAGAGUGACAUCAUGCUGGUGCAGAGUGAGAUGGAGGAGAGAGAUUCGGCGAGCCGGAUGAAUGUGGUGAGCAGCCCCUCCCUCAUAACUUCACCCAUAUGUUUUGACUAUCAGAGCCCUCUGCCCCUCACACUGCCCAGGUCAGAGGUCAUGUACCUGAAAACCACCCCAAACAGCCUGACAGUCCCCAGGGCGGCAUGCCACUCCAGCUUCGCCGGGCUGAGCACAGACACUCCGGCGAAUAGGAUGUCAGUGAUACAGACGGAAAAUUUCCCCUCAGAGCCCAAUUAUUCUGGAAGCAGGCAACCAUUUGUUCAAAGCUCAACAUUUAAGGAUGCAGAACGAGCAAGCCUCCGAGACAGUGGCCAUGGUGAUAGUGACCAGGCUGAUAGUGACCAGGAUACUAAUAAAGGCUCACACUGCGACACGUUGCCAGGGAGGGCUCUCAAGAUGAACGCGGCAGCAGUUAAUGGGCAGCCUUUUCGACAAGAGCAAGACAAAUCAGUCCACUGCACCGAUGAAUGUCGUGCACUGGGACAUUCUGACAGAUGCUGGAUGCCAAAGUUACGGGUAGGAAGCCAAGCAGACAGCGCGGAUAAUCGCACCAACCUUUUCAUCCCUGUGGGAAUGGAUGCCAUGGUAGAGACAGAGAUUUAUGGCACCAUCAGUCGCAGCAGCAGAAAAACCCUCAGCACGUUUGGGAAGGAACAGCGGGACAGUACAAUCCUAGUGGCCAAUGUCAAACCCUACUUAAAAUCCCAGCGUGCUCUGAGCCCACCAUUGCAGGAGAGCCCGUCCGCAUCCAGUAGUCCCACUAAGAAUAGUUUGCCCCUGGACUUGGCCAGCCAUGAGUCCAAAGAAGAGAGGGAAGGAGGUUCAGACAGCAGUGCCUAUGGCCCUCCAGAUGGCCAGUGCUCACCGCCGCACACCGAAUUGGAGGAACCCUCAUACCUGACCUGCGAGCUCAGGCCCAAAUCCCUGUCCAGCAGCCUCAUUCACAGCUCCGUCAUCAGCCAGGAGUGCGGCGGGGGGUCCGAGUGCACAAUUGACCUGCGGGACUCCGCUAACUGACAGGUCAGGUAAUCCCACCCGCACUCACCUGCCAGGGGUGGGGGCGUGGCGACAAUAUCACGGAUUAACGGCCAAGACGCGGUUUACGUUGACAUGCCGAGGGUUUUCAGACACGCAUUGUAUAACCAAAAACCAUCUGCUUUGUAUGUUCUUUUGAGUUUGUGACUUGUUGUGUUUCGGUGAAAUAUUUGUCCUUGACUGAUUGAUGUGAAGGUGCGGAGAGAAAAUCAGUGCUUACCUGACUUCAAGUGUUUCAUGGUGUACUGUACCUGUCAAUUUCGGUGUCUGUAUUUUACACAUUUCAAACUCAGAUUUUGUGAGGCUGUUGAACAAAUUGCUACUGUUAAGCUAUUGAGUCCCGUCUGCUUUUGUACAGUGAAGCUUUCUGUCUCCAUUCAGUGUAUAAGGAACAUCUCUUUAAAUAUCACAGGCAACUGGAAUACAUAUCAGUGACGUUACAUACAAAAGUGAAGUGUCUUAUGAACUGUUAAUGGUGGUGCGACAGGGAACGUCCCUUUUCAUAAAACCAUCUGAAGUUCCUAUAAACUGUUUUUUAAGAAUGUAUUUGUAAUUUUACUGUUGUCUCCGCUGUUUAUGUGAAAAUAAGCCGAGCUUACACACAUCAAUGUGGGCCACUGUACUUGUUGUGUAUUUUAUUAAAUUUGUAUACACUGUGCAUGGAAGGUAAUUCUUUUUGAGUCGUGACGACUUCUCAAGCUGUCGUGUUUUAUGUAACAGAAGUGCAUUUAUGUCCAUGAGGUGCUUACCACGUUAAAGGGGCAAUCCUUCAAUUUUUGUU